GAAACCAAGCAGAGACAAAGGCAUAAAGCGCUGACACUCACUUCGCACGGCAAUCUUACUGUUCCAGCGCGGCGAUCCAGUAUUUUUUUGUAGAAAACUACAUGUGCGAAAGCGCCUCGCGAUCAACGCUAACUUCGUUCGCGCGACCAUGCCACAGUUUCAUCAAUCUGAACACCUUUACAGGUCUGCGAAGUGCAAAAAUUUUACUUUUUUCGACGUGCUUUUUUGGGACCGUAUUUUUGAUCUUUUCCUGGUAUUGACGCUCGACUUUUCUCGCGUCUCAACAAUGCUCAUCGUGUAUCAGAAAUGAUAAUCAACCAUGAUUUGAGGAUAGUUUUCCUCCUCCCCGCACGCAUCCUGAUGGCGUUAGUGCUUUUGCCUGAUCACAUCUACCAGCUGCCGGUCGCCGUUCCGGCAAGGCUCCCGCCACUGCCGCCAAGCACGAGGGCAACCGUUGUACCAAUUGACCGCGAAACAGAUUGCGGCGCGUUUAGAGGUUCCAAAAGUUGUCCUCUCGUGCUGGCAUCUACACACAGCACCAGAAGUUGUUCCUCGAGCAGUAGCUCGAUUGCCCACUAUCCGAGCACCGCGACGAGCCUGCCGCCAAGUUUGUCCCCAACAUCUCCAUCACCCGCAAACGUCGAGCCGACGUAUGCUGAGCUUGAAGAAGAAGAAUCUCCACAGGAACUGCAGCGCGCAGCGAGCGUGCUAUCCGAGAUCAAUGGUAUCGGGAAGAGAACAGCUGCCCGAAGGUUUUCAUCUCGUGCUCCCGAAGUGCUAUCUUCAGUCCGUGGCCAGAGAUCCGCCGUCGGUUAUGGAACAAUGCAGCGGUCGAGCUCUACCCUGAACGGACGAAUCUUUUGCGAACCCCCGCAACCGCCACCGCAGCUUGGGAUGCGCCGUACCCGAUCGCAAAUGCUCGCCGACCGGGUGAGCGACAGUUACCUCGUCGACGCGGCUUACCGGGGCCUGUUGUGGCUCGUAAUGCCAAACCGUCCGCGGGCACCGACGCCCACUACCGUUGUAGCGGUGUCGGGUCCAAGGCGUAGCGCGAGCUCUGCGCAGACCGUGCCGCCCGUAUUCGGAAGCGUGGAGGAAGAAGAAGAAAAAGAAAGAGGCGUAGAAGAAUACACGACGGAAGCUGAGAUUCAUGAUGAAGAGGAGAUGAUAGCUUCUGCGACACAGAGAUUGCUUGCUAGCACUUCGAGUGGGAGUGACCAUGCCCGGUGCUGCAGGUCUCAAAAUUUCUCGGGUGCAGCGACGAGCAGUUCUUCUACAAGAAGCAAUGACAAACACAGCUCUUGUGCUACUUUUUCAAGAACUACCAGCGGUACCAGACGUGAGCCUGCGAAACCGCGCAGGCACAAUUCAGCCAGUAGUAGCACAGACGUGUGGCGGGAGACGAGUUGUUGUGUAGAUUACGAAGAAGAAGAAGUGUGA